UGCGAGGCUUGAUCACUCGUCAGAAGAAGAAACGGAACCCUUUCCGAUUUGGGGAGGAAGCCACCAGGGGAGAGAGGGUGAGCUGAAGGAGCGGAGGCCAACCAGAGCAUUACUUCCCGGGGAACCCUAGUUGACCCCGGGGGAGAAUCCGACAUAACUAAUCCCGAGCUCGCUUCUUGAUCCUUCACCCGUAGUUUUUCCAGGCUCUGCCUGGAAGAAGUCAGGGGGAACCUGGUUUGGAUAAACUAAAAUAUAAAUAAUGUCUGUUCAUGGCUGCGUCAAUCAAGUUAUAGAUGACAAUGGAGAAGAUGAUGAAGGACCAAUUAUUUUUAAGAGGCCAAACUCUUCAUCAAAACAAAGUCGGUUGAUCUGUAGUUCAAAGAAGACAGCUCCCCAAAAGUAUGAUGGUUUUAAUAUUACUUCUAAUCAAAAUGUUGGUAAUGGUGAUAACUCUCAUUUUCAAAAUGCUAAAGUGUUCUCUACUGUAAAGCCAUCAAGUGAGAAGCCUAAUGUGGCAAUCUCAAGUUCGCGGUCUUGGGCAUCUGUUCAAGAUACAUCCUAUCAUAAAUCAACAACCAAUGAUGUGGGACUGGAGCAUCAGGAUAAGUCAUCUCCUGAAGUUCAGGAAUUGGAUGAUUCAAAUGAUGAUAAACCACUGAGCCAUAGACUUAAUUCAGUUUCUGUGGCAGUUCAGAAGAAAAAUUCCACAGAUUUGGAGAAGAUUGAUAUGCAUUCUUUAGAUCAUAAGUUUGUAAAGAAGAGUACAGAUAAGAUGGAUUUGGACAAGCCAAUCAUAAAAAAUGAGGAUUCUGACUAUUCCGAUGAUGAUAAACCACUGAGCUACAAAUUUUCUUCUUCAGCAGCAGUUAAUAAAAGUGGCUUCUCACGUGUCAUGAAGGCACCUCAAUCUUCAAAGCCCACUUCACCUCCAUCCAUGAAGAUGAAUUCAAACAUCGAGGGAUUCUCUGAUGAUUCAGAAGAUGAAAAACCACUUCUUUCUAGGUUUCAAUCGAAGGCCACUGGUGGUUCUUCUAUGAAAGGUUCCAAUUCAGAUGAGAAGCCUUUCUCUUCUAAAUUGAAGGUACAUGGUUCUAGCAAGAAGGAAGGAAAUAGUGACAAUACAUUCCCCAAAGGUGGCCAAAAGCGGCCUUUGGGUGGCAUUAAACCUACUGAAUCUUCAAAUAUUAAGAAAGUAAAAGUUUCAGAAACUCCUGCUUCUGUGAAAGUUAAACAUGAAAUUGCUGUAAAGAAAGAAAUAAAGGCAGAUGACAGUGAUCAAAUACCAAUUGCACAAAGAAUGAAGAAAACAGUGUCUUCUAACAGCACAUCAGUUAGCAAGAGUGUGUUACAUAAAACUCACUCAUCAUUUAAGACAGAUGGCAAGAAAAUGAAGACAAAUAUGAAGGAUUUCAAAUAUUCAAAGUCAUUGAAGGUGCCUCCUGGUUCUGGCGGAGGCCAGAAAUGGACUACCUUGGAGCACAAUGGUGUUAUUUUUCCUCCUCCAUACAAGCCCCAUGGUGUUAAAAUGCUCUACAAUGGACAGCCAGUUGAUUUGACUCCUGAACAAGAGGAGGUUGCAACAAUGUUUGCCGUGAUGAAGGACACAGACUAUGCCACCAAAAAACAAUUUAUUGAGAACUUUAUGAAUGAUUGGCGACAAAUACUUGGUAAAAAUCAUGUCAUUAAGAAAUUUGAGCUAUGUGACUUCACUCCAAUAAAUGAAUGGCAUCUAAGGGAGAAGGAAAAGAAGAAGCAGAUGAGUGCCGAGGAGAAGAAGGCCGUAAAAGAAGAAAAAUUGAAGCAAGAGGAGAAAUACAUGUGGGCUAUUGUUGACGAUGUGAAAGAGAAGGUUGGAAAUUUCAGAGUCGAACCACCAGGAUUGUUUCGAGGCCGAGGAGAGCAUCCAAAGAUGGGAAAGCUGAAAAAGAGAAUUCGGCCUCGUGAUAUUACAAUUAAUAUAGGAAAAGAUGCACCAAUUCCAGAAUGUCCAAUAUCUGGUGAAAGGUGGAAAGAAAUAAAACAUGAUAACACUGUCACAUGGUUAGCAUUCUGGAAUGAUCCCAUAAAUCCAAAAGAGUUCAAGUAUGUCUUUUUGGCAGCAAGCAGUUCAUUAAAAGGGCAAAGUGACAGGGAGAAAUAUGAGAAAGCCAGGCUAUUGAAGGAUUAUAUACAUAACAUUCGAGCAAACUAUACAAGGGACUUUGCCAGUAAAGAUCCAACAAAACAGCAGAUAGCAGUGGCAACUUACCUUAUCGAUAAGCUAGCUCUUAGAGCUGGCAAUGAAAAGGAUGAUGAUGAGGCUGAUACUGUUGGUUGCUGCACUCUAAAGGUGGAGAAUGUUGAGUUGGUCCCUCCAAACAUGUUAAAGUUCGACUUCCUAGGUAAAGAUUCUAUCAGAUACUUAAAUACCGUGGAGGUUGAACUGCCUGUCUAUAAAGCAAUUGGAGAAUUCCAAACUGCUAAAAAGAGUGAUGGAGGUAGAAAGGGUAAGGGUGAUGAUCUCUUUGACUUGCUGGACACAAGCAAACUCAAUGCACAUUUGAAGGAACUCAUGCCUGGUCUUACCGCCAAGGUUUUCCGUACAUACAAUGCUUCAAUUACCUUGGAUGAUAUAUUGAAUAAAGAAACCAAGGAUGGCUCUGUUCCUGAAAAGAUUGCUGUCUAUCAGCACGCAAACAAAGAGGUUGCAAUUAUAUGCAAUCAUCAGCGCAGUGUCUCAAAGUCCCAUGAAAACCAAAUGUCUAGGCUGAACGAGAAGAUAAAUGAUUUAAAGGCCCAGCGGGAUGAAUUGAAGAUGGAUUUGAGUAGGGCCAGGAAAGGGAAGCCUCCACUCAAGGAUAAAGAAGGGAAGACAAAGAAGAACUUGUCCCCUGAAGUGAUAGAAAAGAAGCUCUCUCAGGUUGAUGCAAAAAUAGAGAAACUUGAGUUGGAUAAACAAAUAAAAGAGGAUCUGAAAACUGUUGCACUUGGAACAUCAAAAAUUAAUUACCUUGAUCCCAGAAUAUCAGUUGCAUGGUGCAAGCGCCAUGAAGUUCCCAUCGAGAAGAUAUUCAACAAGUCAUUACUUGCAAAAUUCGCCUGGGCAAUGGACGUAGAGCCCAACUUCAGAUUUUAAUGGAUCAUUGUUGGCAUGCUUGAUUCCUUAUUCCAAGAAAGAAAGAAAGAAACAUUCGAGUCAUUCACUUUUUAUGAGGGAACUCCAAAUUUGUUUCUAAUGCUCCUAAGCUGCAUUAGGGGGCCUCUGGCAACGCCACUACAGAAAUUUAUGGACACUUUGAUCCAAAUCAGUAGAGAACUGGAUUUCUUGUUGCUUUAUAUACAUCAAGACGUUCAUGUUGGCCUCUCCUGGAUCUGUUCUUCCGAGAACUAGCUUGCUGUGUGAGCUUUGUUCACUAAAUUGGAGGUAGUGCUGGGGAUUUUGUUGGAAUCUAAUAGCUACUUGCAAUUUAAAUCCACUGCCAUCUGCAAAUCUGUUGUUGUAUGUCCUGGAUAUAUUGUUCAAACUCGUGAUCUAAAG